AUGACACCCACUCUGAACAGCUGAUCAGCUGAUCCAAGCCGGAGGGGUUAGAUAACCUCAAAAACCUCCUCAAUCCGUAAAAAUCGCGAAAAUUCGUAGGACGUGGUGGAAACGCCGGUGUUUCACGGAAUAAAAAUUGCUUGAAGAUUAAUUUUACGCGUUUCAGUCGGUAAAAUGGUCCUGAGGGUGGGAAAAUUGGUUCUGAUGACCUCCAGGAUACAGUGGGGGAAGUGCUCGAUGAUGAAGCGAGGGAUGAGUGCGUCUGGAGUGAAUUUUGGGAAAAGUCUGGUGUACGAGGGCUAUGGGGAGCCUAUAGAGGUGUUGAAAUUGAAAAAUACCGAGGAUUGCAAGCCUGGGGUGAACGAGGUGGCUGUCAGGUGGAUCUUGGCACCUGUCAAUCCAGCUGACAUCAACACUAUCCAAGGAAAAUACCCGAGCAAACCGAAAUUGCCAGCGGUGGCUGGGAACGAGGGAGUUGGAGAGGUUGUUGAUGUCGGCGAAGGGGUGAAGGCUGUGGGGGUGGGGGACAAGGUUGUUCCCAAUAGGAGUAACACAGGCACCUGGAGCUCACGGAGGGUUUACCCAGUCGAGGAAGUAUUGAAGAUUCCAGGGAAUUUCACAGAUGUUGAGGCAAGUAUGCUCAACGUGAACCCCUGCACAGCCUACAGGAUGUUAAAAGACUUCGUCCCCCUCUGCCCAGGUGACACGGUGAUCCAGAACGGGGGAAAUUCAGCGGUUGGACAGCUGGUUAUCCAGCUCUGCAGGGCCUGGGGCUUGAAUUCAGUCAAUGUUGUGCGAGAUAGAGGGGACAUUGGAGAACUGAAGGAUCACCUGAAGUGUCUUGGAGCCACUGAGGUCCUCACAGAGUCAGAAAUACGGACGACUGAUUUGUUCAAGAGCAAGAAACUCCCAGCACCAAAAUUAGCUCUGAACUGCGUCUGUGGGGAGAGUGGAGUCAACAUCCUGCGGCAUUUGGCUCACAGUGGGACUAUCGUUACGUACGGGGCGAUGUCCAGGGAACCUCUAACCAUUCCAGCAUCUGCACUGAUUUUCAAAGAUGUCACUGCGAAGGGAUUCUGGAUGUCAGCCUGGGUAAAAGCCCACUCAAACUCCCAAGAACGUUGGGAGAUGCUGGACGAUCUCGGGAAGCUAUUCUCCUCGAAGAAGAUCCAAGCACCCCCUCACAAGAUCAUUCCCCUCUCCGAGUACCAAGAGGCUGUGAAAAACACUCUCCAGUUGGACGGCAAAACUGGAAUCAAGUACAUACUGGACGUAUCAGCAUAAAAUACAAUAUUCCAUUUAUUAUUCGUAUUUUUUACACCAAAAUAAUUAUUCAGUUUUGUCAGAAGUGAUUGUACAGUUUCGUAAAGAGUAGAUUUUGGUUUAAAUUCAUAGAAUAAUUUGAAGAAAUUAUAUUAAUACGAAAAUAUCAACAUUAA